AUGCUUGUCCGCUCCAUUGGCCUUGCUACUGCGCUGCUGGCUUUAAGCAACAGCUUCGCCAAUGCUCAUGGAUCGCAUGCGAGCGAGCAGAACCCUUCCUCAGACUGGGCGACUCGCCAUAUGCAAGAGGAACACCACAUCGAUUCCUUCGACGCAGGUUCUUUCUUCACCCUCCACGACUACGAUUCCUCCGGUGCAUGGACCCCUGAUGAAGUCCGAAAGACAUAUGGCAUGGACGAUGAGUCAAAUUCAGGGGUGACCGAGGAGCGCAAGCAACAGGCGCUUCGCGAGGUGUUUGCCCUUUUCGACACAGGGAGUUCAGGGGUUAUCACUCGCGACAACUGGAUGCGUCUCAUCUCAGCCGGUAAACGGUUACCCGAUCUCGGAUUCGGUCCUGGACACCAUGGCGAUAUUGAAUACGAGUAUGAAAUCCAUCAUUUCGAGAAAUUUCACGGGGAGGACGCCAAGUUAGAAGAUCUCACCCAUCCGGAAGAUAUCGAGCAUUUCCGAAGACAUGACGAGGAAGAAGAUGCCGCGGAUAGACUUGAACAACUGGAACGAAUGGCAAUUGUCGAGGCGAACAUCCCGCAGAAAUUUCUCAGACGGACAUAG